UGCGUUCUUCGAGCAAAAGCGCCAUAGACAAUCAGUAUUUAACACUGCCAGCAUAGUCAGCAUAGCAGCAGUCGCACAGCUCAAAUAUAGCUUUCCCCAAACGUAACUCUUGUUGCUGCAUAACAAUAAUUACAAGUAGACCGGAGUGAGCUUGAUGUCAUGUGGGUCUUGUUAGGCAAUCCUUCAAGCCCACCAAGGGCCAAAGGCGACCUCCCACCGCUCCUGCUCCGCCUGACAAACUUCCUCGGUUAUCUUUUCCUCAUCCUGGUUAACAUCCUGAGCUCGACUGGGGCUCUUGGCGAGACGAAUGCUGAGGUGUCUGCGAAAUACCCUACGCCAUUGACGCCAUCGGGCUGGGCUUUUGCGAUAUGGGGGCUUAUAUUCGCCCUACAAGGACUUGGUGUUGUGUAUCAAAUCCUGAACAAGGGCUACCGUGAGGGAGGCUGGAAAGCAAGUGUUGUAAACAAGAUAGGCUAUGGCUGGCAGCUUGGCUGGCUCUUCCAGAACCUCUGGCAGUUCGCCUUCACACGGCAGAGCAUGGCCGGCAUGUGGCUCUCAGCAGCCGCACUACUCGCAGCCCUAGCAGCCUUCCAACACACACUGCAACGCCUCAACGGCACCACCCACGAGCUGCGCGCUCGGGGCUAUGCCGCCAUGCCCGCAGCUGCCUACAUCUGCUAUAAGCUGCCGACCUCCGUGAAUGCAGCCUGGCUGUCCGUAGCCACGGCGUUGGGGCUGCUGAUCGUGCCUGUGUCGUACGGAGUGGAGCCGGCGCGUCUGGUGGCGCCAGCAGCGGUGCUGGCGGUGGCGGUGACAGCGGGCGGCGUCUGGCGCCUCCUCAGCCACCGUGACGCAGCGUACGGCCUCACACUCAUCUGGGCCCUGUCAGCGGUUGCCUCUAACACCUCUGGCAACGUCCCAACGGCCGUCAAGGUGGUCGGCAUGAUCUGUCUGGUCGUCCUCGCCCUCUGCGUCGUUUCGGCGCUGGUAAGAACCCGCCGAGACAUGGCAUCUGCAGCUGCCUCCGCCACAGCGGGCGUUGACGGAAGCCUAUUAUACGACACGUACAACAUGUACGGAUCUUCGUCGUACGGCGCACAGCGAAUACCGCUAUCGGAUUCUGAUUCCGCUCCCGCAGGCUACGGGCGCGCGCCGUACUCCUCUGGUGGCGGCGGCGGUGGCGGCGACGGCACCUAUGGGUUUCCAGCGGCCUUCGGCAACAAUGGCGGCGGCGUCCCGAACGGUUCCUGCAGCCACGCUGCAACGCACGAGGAAGCACUCGGAGUAGGCGGCGGCAUGGGGCGCAAGCCGUUUCUGCCGCCACUUCCGCAGCAAGGGGCAAUACCAGCGGGUUAUGAUGUUGCAACCGCCGGCACGGUAGCUGUGGCAGCAGCGCCGGGGGUGCGAGGUCUGCCACCCGUGGGACCGGUGCAAGGCGGUGGAGGGGUUGUUGGAGGUAGUGAAACGCCUAGGUUGUUGGGCUCGGGUGUAGGCGGCGGCAUGGGUGCGGUGGAGGUACGGCCGGGGUCGAUUGGGUCGGGGUCCGACGUGGGGCCGGCUAGAGGGGCAGUUGGGGGAGGCGGAGCUAGGCGGGUGAGGUUUUCUGACGAGGAAGAGGCGAGUGGGCAGCGGUGAGGGUGUGCGGACGGCUGGCAUGCUGCUGGCUGGCUGGCUGCUCAGCUGGAUGCGAAUUAGGAGCGUCGCUAGGAAGGUGCUGCAUGGGUGCGUCUUUGCCGGUGGAAUGAAGAGGAAGAAACGAACCGUGUGCUUUGCCGGUGGAGGGGCUGCAUACCAGAGCGCGUACCAGCAGCGGAGGCGCUGUGAACUCAAGGCACCUCUCGGGCUACUAUUAUGUAAAUAUCUUGCAUGUUGGCUUGGUUGGGUCUAGGAAAGAGUCGAGUCGAGUGGCGACAGCGCGUUGUGAGGGGUGUAACGGUUGCUUGUGUGGAAGCGAGUGGUGUCCCGGCCUUUGUGCUGUGGACGAGAGGGAGACAGCAGGAUGGGGAUGGGACCCAAGGUUGCAGGACUGAAGCAGAAAGGCCCAUGCGCAUGCUUCAGGGCCGGUGCCGCUUCCAGGGCUUUGUAUGUCGUACAGGAAAUGCUCCUGCUUUUGCAGUCCGUCGCUUCCAAAGCGGUCGUGCUGUCAUCGGUUUUGUCCAUCUUGACAUCUUACUGUACCUGCAAUCAACUAUUUGUACUGCUGGCAUGAUGCAUGUGUUGUGGCUUCAUGCAUGCGUGUUCGCGGUAAAGCCUAGCAGCAGUGUUGCGGGUCUCCAUGCUACUGCCGUCCGAUCUGAGCGCUGAUUCCAUAUUGUAUGGGUGUUUCUGUACAGAUUUUUUUGCCGUACUUGCAGGGCCAGGGUUUGAGUGGCAAGAUGAGCGAAGAAGGCAUUCCUUGAUAAUGAUGCAGAAGGCAUUCAUGUGGUGCCGUAGGGCUUCGAAGGAAACGAGUAUCUUCAGUUUUAGCCAUGGACGAAUGCCUUGUCUUCGGUUCUCCGGGGCUUAUGUGUAAGAGUGCUGCGACUGCUGCCCCUGCCUUGCAUGAAGCUAUCUGGGCCACAACUGCUACAGUUCCGACAUGCGUACGGCAGGCCGCAUGCUGCCAG